GUACCCGAUGGUCGUGCGAUGAAGCCUACGCUUUAGUAUAUUACCUAGGGAUCUUCGCUGCCAUCAUGAAUGGCUGAUGGGUUCUCGUAAAUGAGAUUUGUGUUGGCAAAACCUCAGACCGUCCAGAUAUCACGAAAUCGACGAGAGAAUUUGCCAAGGAUCUAAGAAGCAUUCUAAGUCUUUUCGACGCUAGGCUUAAAUGCACAGGGAAACCUCUUAACUCCGACGCGCCAUCACAUCUGCCGCAAGGUUCCAUCCGAACUGCCCGAGCUUCACACUUACCACCUCCCAUUCCUCAUUCUCGACAACAAUGCAUGUGGCGCGCCUACGAUCAUGUCCCAGCAAAUCUCGUUUAGUAUAACGCCAGAACAGGAAGCCAGCAAGCUUCAAUUCAUCCGGCGACAAUUCUUCUCUAGCGGCCCGCCCGCAAUUUCGCGACGCGAUGUUGACCUCAGCGGCAAGACGGCCAUCGUGACGGGAGCAAACGGAGGCAUUGGUUUGGAAUGUUCCCGUCAACUACUCGAUCUAAGACUUACGAAACUCAUCCUCGCCGUUCGCGAUGGGGCCAAGGGCGAAAUCGCCCGCAAGGCUCUAACAACCGCAAAACCCCUCGAAGUUGGCCAGGUCAUCGAGAUCUGGAAACUUGACCACUCGUCAUACGACUCCGUCGUAGCUUUCGCGCGGCGGGCUGGGGAGCUUAACCCUCGGCUCGAUAUUACUAUCCUUAAUGCGGGAGUCAAUCGUGAUUCCUUCGUCAGAAAUUCAACUACAGGCCAUGAAGAAGACCUUCAGACCAAUUACCUAUCCACCGUUCUGCUUACUCUCCUCCUGUUGCGCGUUUUCAAGAAUAGAAAAUCAGUCACUGAUGUGCCCAAGGCAUCACCAGGGCGUAUAGUUAUCGUGUCCUCCGAUAUGGCCGCGUGGGCCAAGUUCAACGAGAGGAAUAAGGAGCCCCUACUGAAGGCCUUCGACGACGAGGCUAAGUGGGAUAAAUAUGAUCGCUACGGCACCACCAAGCUCCUGGGCCAGUUGUUCGUCACCGAAUUAGCUAAGCGUAUCUCGCCAUCUCUAGCAGUCGUGAAUUGCACCAACCCAGGUCUCUGCUAUGGUUCGACGCUCAGCAGCGAACUUGGUAGAUUUACCCACGUGUUCGUACGCCUCGUCGGUAGGCCAGCCGCUGCAGGUGCGCUUACUCUGGUGCAUGCGGCUACUAAGGACGAGAGUUCGCAUGGUCAAUAUGUUGAGGAUGGUGAAAUAAGACCAAUGGCUCCUUUUGUAUAUUCUAAAGAGGCGGAGGAAGUAACCCAAAGGCUUUGGAAAGAAACCAUGGAAGAGCUCGCGUUUGCUGGGGUCCAAGAAAUUGUUGAUAGCUUGUCCCAGACAUAGAGUCAAUAUGUUGUUAUAAAGAGGACCAAAAGCUAUAAUCGCACUUUGUCGAUGCUCAUGUGUACCUCAAUCGUGCCUUAUCCCGGCGACCGUUUGACAGUUGCACC